AUGGGCGCCGCGCUUAGCAACGAGUACGUCGAAGACCCGGUCCCUCUCAGCGAGGUCGAAAUGCUUCGUGCUGAGAAGCAAGCGUACCAGCAGAAGAUCCGCGAGCUCGAUCAAACGAUUGCCACCCUCCUCAAUGAGACCAAGAGCCUCUCGCUCCAGCACCAGAACGAGAUUGACAACCUCACCAACACCUUUACUAUCAAGUUCGAGAAGGCACUGGCCGCUGCUGCGGCGAAACGCGAAGACGAGAUCCGCUGCCAGCUCGAACAGCAAAAGGAAGACCAACUUCGUCGCAAGCAAGAGCAGCUCGAAGCCAAGCACGAAGCCGACCUGCUGGAGCAGCGCCUGAAGAGCGUCAAGGUUUACGACGACGCCAACUUCGUGCAUUUGGGUGGCGAGGACAAGCUCGACCCGAGUGCUUUUCCUUUUGCGCUACUACGCGCUGGGUACCUCGCCGAUCGCAAGCACGUGCUUCGCAUCCAGCUCAAGGAAGCUUUCCGCAAGCACGAAGACUUGCAGCGCUUCCGCAAGUCGGUCGCAAUCAUGCAAGCGUCCAAUGGCAAGGACAGUCGUCUCCUGCAGCUCGUCGGUGCCUGCGACCUCUUCGGCGCCAACCCGAUCGCGUACGUCGAGUACUUCGUCGGCUGUGACCUGCGGACGUACUUGAUGGACCACACCAAGAAGCUCACGAUGCAGCAGAUUCUUGCGAUUGCCCUCGAGGUCGCCAAGGCGCUCGUUGAGGUCCACAAGGUCGGCGUCAUGCACCGCGAUAUCUCGUGGACGCGCAUCUACAUUGCGCGCAACGGCCGCGUCAAGGUCUUACUCGGUCUCAAAGCCAAGACGUCGACGACCUCCAACGACACCAACGGCAUCACAGAGGCGCGCUGGGGGGCCCCGGAGACGCUGCAGCCCGGCAAAAUCAAGUACACGGACGCGAUCGACGUCUUCUCGUUCGGCCUUGUCCUCAUCUCGCUCAUCACGCGCGACCUUCCGUUCACCCACGUCGUUAGAAGCGGCAAAACCAUCGACGACAAACGCGUCGAAACGCUUCUGCAAAAGCCAGAGACCGCCGCGGAGCUCCUCUCGAACUAUUUUGAGGGCUUCGCAGUGCCCGACGCCUACGCGACGCUCGUGGAAAAAUGCAUCACGUGGGACCCCGCCGAGCGCCCGACGGCCCCCGAGGUGGUGCGAUGUCUCCUUGAGCAGCUCAACGAGCAAGACGUCCCUCGUCAUCUCCGAGCGAUUGGCACUCUGGACCUUCCGGACGUCGGUCUCGAGUUGGCGAUCAUCAAGGGCACCAACUUCAACAUCGACACCAACCUCUUCGCGUUCCAAGGGUACAGCCGGAUGCGCUUCGACAAAUGGGCGGAGACUCCCCGCGUGCCCGAGACAAACAACGUCUUGCGCUGGGGAUGGCACACGAAGCUUGAGAACGUCCGACCACUUGGCGCGACGGUCCAGUUUGCUGUCCGCAAGGCCAGCUUCAUGUGGGACAAGUCUCUUGGCCAGGUCACGCUUCGGCUCGACGACCUCUUGAACCCAAAGAUGCUCUCGUCCGAUACAGAACGAGCGAGCCUUACUGCACCCCGCACAGUGGUCCUUGACGUCUACAACGAUGGGAACGUCAUGGGCCAGCUUCACGUCCUGGCGGCGUUCACGGGCCGCAUCACAGAGUAUCUCAACGUCGUCCGAGAAGACCGCGCGCGAGUCCUCCUCGCUCGCCAAGGAAACCAAGAUUACAAAAACGAAGGGCUGCAGCAGGAACACGACGUCGCGGCUGCAGCGUUGGCAGCUGUCGCCAGUGCUGCCUGA